UAAGUAUUUGUUAAUGGUUUCGGUGAAAGAUUUCCCAAGCGAAUGUUCUUGUUCUGGUAAAAAAAAAUAAAAAUUGACCUUUCUUUUUUCCAUGAGAGAUGGAUUUUGAAGUGAUGACUGGCUUUUGAUGUAAUUCUCAUUCGUUGACUUUAAUUACUCCUUCAUUUUCUUGCUAUUAUUCGGUAAUAGUUCAAGAAAAAAAAAGACAGCGUAGCAUAGUGCGGUCAAACAAGACAAUGACGACACAGAACUCAUGGAUUCUUCUUUCUUGGAUAACAAUCAAAGAGAAAUCUUCUCCCUUCUUUUUUCUCCGAGCGCGAUCAAUUUCUGAGCAUCAAAAGCAUAAACGCUGCUCCUUUUCUCGGUUUACAUUUAAAAGAUCAGGAAGCUUCCCUUUGUAGCAACAAAGCUGACUUUUUUCAAGACUCUUUGGAGCUCUCUGGAUCAUGUGCAUUUGACCUGUUUUCCUUUUUUAGAUCGUUGCGAGAACAGCCAUGGAAGGCAUGGACUGGAAGGGGUGCGUUUGUAGGAUGAGGAGCUGUGUGUUGGAUCUCCUGUCCAUGGAGGAGGAUCUGGAGGAGGAAGAAGACGAAGAGACAUGGGAGCUGAUGAGCACCACCCUUCGACUCAAGUCCACCUUCCUGUUCUGCGACUUCAAUCAAGUGAUCUCCAGUGCCAGAGAUGAGCGCCAGAAGGCCCUCCUCACUGACCUCGCCAACAAGCUCUUCUACAACUUGGAGCAGCUGGACGGUGCUGUGAAGAGCAGAAGCAUGUCUGUGACACAGAGCAGGUACACUGAUGCAGCUCUGGUUCUGCAAGAAGUCGCGGCUGUUCUUGCGCUUUGAGAGAUGCAGAAUCGAUGUAAAUAAGUGUGUGGAGUUUAAUUCGAGGGAGCAGAAUCUAUAGAUGCGUGCUCUGUUUGAUCAGGUCACGCAUAAGAAAAAUGGCUUGAAAAAAAAAAAGAUUAUGGAUUGGCUGAAAAAUUAAGAGUUCUUGUUUCUGAUCA